UUGGCAGGGUCAGCUUAGUGCUUGGACUCGACGAUCUUCAAGGUCCUGUCCAACCGUAACGAUUUUGUGAUUUCUCUGAAAACUUCACUGGGACCGUCUGGCACACGCAGAAGAAAAAUUCAUGUGCUGGUUUGUAAUAGACAUGGAAAAAAUGUUUCUCUUACCUCGCCCACGAACUCAACUGUCGCCACAGUGCAAACAAGUGACAGUCAAAACAAGUGAGAGACAUGGGGAUGUUCAGCCUGGAGAAGAAGAGCCUUGGGUUGCUUCAGGGGAGGCUUAGCUGGGAAAUGAGGAAGAACUUUGCCCCUGAGAGGCUUGUUGGACUGGCGUGGGCUGCCCAGGCAGGUGGGGGAGUCCCCAUCCCUGGAGGGAUGCCAAAGCAGUAGAGCUGAGGUGCUGAGGGAAAUGGCUCAGUGGCAGGCUUGUCAGUGUAAGGUGAGGGCUUGGACUCGAUGAGCUCGAGGGGCUCUUCCGACCAAAAUGAUUCCAUGACUCUGUGAGAGCAGCCGCCGCUGGGACACGGGGCCCGGAGCUGCUGGGACGGCCAAGACGCAGCACAAGAGGCGGUGCAGCCUUCCCAUCCUCUGGCCUCCCCUUGCCUGUGGUGCCCCUGAGACGGGCCCCGUGGCACUGCCGGCGCGUGUGCCGGGUCCCAGAACCAUGGAGAACCCAGUCCCUUUGUGACAUCACCUCGGACCACACCCCACCUGCUGCUGAUAUCCUGCGCCCAAGGCACUGGCCUUGCCAGAGGCACAGGAGCCAGCACCAGGAGCGGCCAUGGAGCCGGGACCCAGCGGGCACUUGCCUGGCGUCAGGCCCGGACUCUUCACGGUCUUUGACCAGCUGAGAGAUAUGACAAAUCUGCUGUUUAAUAGGAACCAAGAGCUGAGACGGGAAUUGGAGCGGCAGGACCAACAGCCGUUCCAGCACGGCUACCGCGGCGCAGGUCCCAGCUCAGCACCCCCUUAUGUGUCUGUGCCACACAGAGCCCCGCGAUCCUUCCCCAGCUCAGGUGAGAGCGCAGGCAGCUCUGUAGCGGCCUCGGGCCUGUGGGUGCCGCAGCUGCCAACAUCCACACCUCGUCCUGUUGCCCGCCCUUCGGACUGGGGGCUGACACUGACAGAGCAGAGCUGGACCUCCGGAACCCCCUCUUGGGAGCCAAGCUUCAGCCGGCGAGAGAGCUGGCAGCCGAGAUGGCAGCGGCUGCUGGGCGAGAUCGCCUUCCAGCUUGACCGCCGAAUCGUCCACAGAGUCUUCCCCAACGCGGAUCGCUACCGCGGCUUCAGUGCCGCCACCAUCCCCGAGGGAAUCAUGGAGAUGGUCGAGGAGACGGAGCGGGGAGCUAGCCGUGAUCUGAGUGUGGCCGCAAUCUGGAACUAUGAGUUUGUGAUGAGGCGACUGUGGGCACUGGGCUACGUCCCCGAGGUGCACUUGCCCGCAAUCGAGGCCUUCAUCAACACCUACGGCCGCCUGGAGCGGUCGUACUGGUUCCCGGCCGAGCCAAACGUGGCCUUCCUGCGCCACGUGGUCAGCCAGGAGGUGCCGCCGGAUCUGCGGCCCAACGCCAUGGUGCUGCUCGAGUGCCUGCUGCAGCUGGCACAGGAAGAUGGGCAGCCCCUCUUCUGCUACUGA